AUGCUGAAGUUUCUUAGAAAUCUGUAUUCAGUGGUUUGCUCAGACAGCGAUCCAUCAAUUACGUGGAAUGAAUCUGGCGAUGGAUUUGUGAUCUUGGAUAAGGCAGAAUUCAUGAGCAACACAUUUCCAAAGCUCUGUAAGUCAAAUGAGUAUGGCACAUUUGUCAGACAGCUGAAUAAUUAUGGAUUUUCAAAGGAGAAAAGACACGGGAUAGACGAGUUCACGAAUCCAAAGUUCCUCAAAGGAUCUCCACACCUGCUGGAUCUCCUGAAAAGAAAAACCAUCAUGCCAUCAGAGAGAAUGAAUGAUAUUUCCAUAGUGAAGGACAACCAGAUGAUGCUGCACAGUAAUAUGACGGCAAUAAACGAAGUAAACAGAAAGCUCUCAAAGGAAGUUUAUAUUCUUAAGAAGAGAGUAGACCAGCAAGACAGAACAAUAAAUGAACUUGUCCGGGCCUUCAUAAGAAUAUUUAACAAGCAAGAGGCAAAGGAGGAAACACUUAGGCUGAAGGACAACACAGAUAUAGACAAUCUUCUAUCAGAUAUCCCACAUAUGCCCCCAGAGGAACAAGAGAACAUAAGCAUUGAUGAAUUCCUCAACAAUGAAUUUGACCAAGUAUAA